AUGGCUUUGGCGCUGUUUCUAGGUUCUGCUCUUUACCUCAAAAUCCAGACCAGAGCUUCUUUGUACCUGUGUCAAGGUCAGGAAAUGGACAUGCCUCUGUCAGAAACAGGUGUGCAGCAGGGAGAAGCCGUGGGAAAAUACCUCAGAGACGUCAAGUUCUCGAAAGUCUUUGUUAGUAACCUGCAGCGAGCUGUGCAGACGGCAGAGCUAAUCCUGAAGAACAACACUCACUGUUCUGGAAUGGAGAUGGUUUCAGAGCCUUUACUCAGAGAACGGGGUUUUGGUGUCGCUGAAGGACGUCACAAAGAAGACAUGAAGAACAUGGCGAACGCUGCCGGUCAGUCAUGCCGUGAUUACACGCCUCCAGGAGGAGAAACUUUAGACCAGGUGAAGCUGAGAUUCAAAAAUUUUCGACAAGUCCUUUUUAAAGAAAUGCUGGAUAUGAGUGGCUCCUCAGGACAGGAAACUCCCUCAGUGGCACUUUCUGCAGAAGACGCCGCAAUGGCCAGCGCCGAUCUCCAGGGGGCAUCGGCCCAUGUUCUGGUGGUGAGCCAUGGCGCCUACAUCCGGGUCACGGCACCAAGUGUAACCGGAUCCUUUCUGCGUUGUGCUGGUUUAUGA